AUGGCUACCGCCACCAUGACCGUAACGGCUGCGCCGACCAAGAAGAAGCCCGACAUGGCUCCCGAAAGCGAGCGCUUCCUACGAUGCUGCGCCGACGUUGCGAAUGCCCUCAUCGAAGAUCACGAAGCCACAAAGGCUGGCCGUUCAACUCGCGAUAUCAACCUCAACACUCUACGGAACAAGCUCGCCAAGAAGCACAAGCUCAUGAAUAUCCCACCUUUGACGGCCAUCAUCGCUUCCAUUCCCGAGCACUACAAGAAAUACAUCCUACCAAAACUCAUCGCUAAGCCCAUUCGAACAUCUUCCGGUAUUGCGGUCGUCGCCGUCAUGUGCAAGCCCCAUCGAUGUCCUCACAUCGCUUAUACUGGCAACAUCUGCGUGUAUUGCCCUGGUGGCCCUGAUUCCGAUUUUGAGUACAGCACACAAUCUUAUACCGGAUACGAACCUACUUCGAUGCGAGCCAUUCGUGCAAGAUACGAUCCAUUCGAGCAAGCCCGAGGACGAGUUGAUCAGCUGAAAUCUCUUGGUCAUUCUGUUGACAAGGUCGAAUACAUCAUCAUGGGCGGUACCUUCAUGUCUCUAUCUGAGUCAUACCGCAACGAGUUUAUUGCACAGCUUCACAAUGCUCUUAGCGGAUACCAAACAACGAAUGUCGACGAGGCUGUGGAGGCCGGUGAGAUGAGCAACGUGAAGUGUGUCGGUAUUACAAUUGAGACACGACCCGAUUAUUGCCUGCAGCCCCAUCUUUCCGACAUGUUGCGAUACGGAUGUACAAGACUUGAGGUUGGAGUACAGUCGCUGUACGAGGAUGUCGCGCGAGACUCAAACCGAGGGCACACAGUUGCCGCAGUCGCAGAGACCUUUUGUCUUGCGAAGGAUGCUGGCUACAAGGUUGUCAGCCACAUGAUGCCUGACUUGCCUAAUGUCGGUAUGGAGCGCGAUAUCGACCAGUUCCGAGAGUACUUUGAGAAUCCUGCCUUCCGAACUGACGGCCUCAAGAUUUAUCCUACCCUGGUCAUUCGAGGAACGGGCCUGUACGAGCUGUGGCGCACAGGACGAUACCAGAACUACACCCCAAAUGGUUUGAUCGACCUUGUUGCCAGAAUUAUGGCUUUGAUUCCUCCCUGGACACGAAUCUACCGUGUGCAGCGUGAUAUUCCCAUGCCAUUGGUUACAUCUGGAGUCGAAAAUGGCAACCUGCGUGAGCUAGCGUUGGCUCGGAUGAAGGACUUUGGAACGACGUGUCGAGACGUACGAACGCGAGAGGUUGGCGUAAACGAGAUCAAGAACAAGAUCCGACCUAAUCAGAUUGAGCUGGUUCGAAGAGACUACGUCGCCAACGGCGGUUGGGAGACCUUCCUGGCUUACGAGGAUCCCAAGCAGGAUAUUCUUGUGGCUCUGCUUAGAUUGCGAAAGUGUACCGAGAAGUACACGUACCGAGAGGAACUUAUUGGCCAACCUACUAGUAUGGUCCGUGAGCUCCACGUCUACGGUACAGCCGUGCCUGUUCACGCCCGCGACCCCCGCAAGUUCCAGCACCAAGGUUUCGGUACGCUGCUGAUGGAAGAGGCGGAGAGGAUUGCGAUCGAGGAGCACGGUAGUGACAAGAUCAGUGUUAUCUCAGGUGUAGGAGUGAGGAGCUACUACAAGAAGCUCGGUUUCUGGCUAGACGGACCUUACAUGAGCAAGUGGUUGGAUGGUCGCGAGCAGCCUGAGUAA